AUGAAAGACCAGUUCCAUGUAUUCAGGCGAGAUGUGAACGUCGAGAAUGCUGUGAUCUUCCCCAACCAGUGGCAUGUACAUGAAAUUAUGUUUGAUACAGAGGCACAAUGCGGCAACAAUGAAGUCUUCGAUUUAUGUCCACCGAAAUGUCCUGGAGAUGAAUGCGGUGUAGAUCCAAGGCUUGUGCUAUGUCCGCCAAACCCACAGCCUGGUGAUCCAAGCUGCCAACCUAGAUGCCGAUGCUGCGAUGGAUAUGCGAGAAAUGAAGAAGACCAGUGCAUCCCAAGAGAUGAAUGUCCGUCUAUCUGUGGGUGUAACGAAGUGUAUGACACGUGUAUAGCGCAGUGUCCGCCGCGCACAUGUGACUCUAUCGGUAAAUCUAUUAAGUGUCCGCCGCCGCUGAAGCCUGGCGACAAGCGCUGCGAGGCUGGCUGUCGAUGUGCUGAUAAUUACUAUAGAAAUGAUGAUAAUGUGUGCGUUCCUAAAUGCGAAUGCCAGAGAUGCCCAAAAAACGAAACCCAAGUUCCAUGUAUUGAAGCGAAAUGUGAACGUCGAGAAUGCUGUGAUCUUCUCCAACCAGUGACAUGUGUGAGCAUCAAUCCAAAGUUAUGUACCGAAGGCUGUCUUUGUGAGGAUGGAUAUUUAAGAUCUAAAGACGGAAAAUGUAUUCCAAUUGGUCAAUGUCCGGAGGCACAAUGCGGCAACAAUGAAGUCUUCGAUUUAUGUCCACCGAAAUGUCCUGGAGAAGAAUGCGGUGUAGAUCCAAGGCUUGUGCUAUGUCCGCCAAACCCACAGCCUGGUGAUCCAAACUGCCAACCAAGAUGUCGAUGCUGCGAUGGAUACUCGAAAAAUGAAGAAGGCCAGUGCAUCCCAAGUGAUGAAUGUCCGCCUACCUGUGGGUCUAACGAAGUGUACGACACGUGUAUAGCGCAGUGUCCGCCGCGCACAUGUGACUCUAUCGGUACAACUGUCAAGUGUCCACCGCCGCUGAAGCCUGGAGACAAGCGCUGCGAGGCUGGCUGUCGAUGUGCUGAUAAUUACUAUAGAAAUGAUGACAAUGUUUGUGUUCCUAAAAGCGAAUGCCAGACAUGUCCACAAAACGAAAGACCAGUUCCGUGUAUUCAGGCGAGAUGUGAACGACGAAAAUGCUGUGAUCUGCUCGAACCAGUUGUAUGUGUGGAUGUCAAACCAAUGAUCUGUACCAAAGGUUGUCUUUGUGAGGAUGGAUAUUUGAGAUCUGAAGACGGAAAAUGUAUUCCAGUUGAUCAAUGUCCAGAGGCACAAUGCGAGAACAACGAAGUCUUCGAUUUAUGUCCACCAACGUGUCCUGGAGAAGACUGCGGAGUGGAUCCAACGCUUGUACUGUGUCCGCCAAACCCACAGCCUGGUGAUCCAAGCUGCCAACCCAGAUGCCGAUGCUGUGGUGGAUAUUCGAGAGAUGAAGAAGGCCAAUGCAUCCCAAGUGAUGAAUGUCCGCCAGUUUGUGAAGCUAACGAAGUGUACGACACGUGUAUAGCGCAGUGUCCGCCGCGCACGUGUGACUCUAUCGGUAAAUCUAUCAAGUGUCCGCCGCCGCUGAAGCCUGGAGACAAGCGCUGCGAGGCUGGCUGUCGAUGUGCUGAUAAUUACUAUAGAAAUGAUGACAAUGUGUGCGUUCCUAAAAGCGAAUGUCCACCAGUUUGCGAAGCUAACGAAGUGUACGACACGUGUAUAGCACAGUGUCCGCCACGCACAUGUGACUCUAUCGGUAAAUCUAUCAAGUGUCCGCCGCCGAUGAAGCCUGGAGACAAGCGCUGCGAGGCUGGCUGUCGAUGCGCUGAUAAUUAUUAUAGAAAUGAUGACAAUGUGUGCGUUCCUAAAAGCGAAUGUCCGCCAGUUUGCGAAGCUAACGAAGUGUACGACACGUGUAUAGCGCAGUGUCCCCCGCGCACAUGUGACUCUAUCGGUAAAUCUAUCAAGUGUCCGCCGCCGAUGAAGCCUGGCGACAAGCGCUGCGAGGCUGGCUGUCGAUGUGCUGAUAAUUAUUAUAGAAAUGAUGACAAUGAAUGCGUUCCCAAAAGCGAAUGUCCGCCAGUUUGUGAAGCUAACGAAGUGUACGACACGUGUAUAGCGCAGUGUCCGCCGCGCACGUGUGACUCUAUCGGUAAAUCUAUCAAGUGUCCGCCACCGAUGAAGCCUGGAGACAAGCGCUGCGAGGCUGGCUGCCGAUGCGCCGAUAAUUAUUAUAGAAAUGAUGACAAUGAAUGCGUUCCCGAAAGCGAAUGUCCGCCAGUUUGCGAAGCUAACGAAGUGUACGACACGUGUAUAGCGCAGUGUCCCCCGCGCACAUGUGACUCAAUCGGUAAAUCUAUCAAGUGUCCGCCUCCACUGAAGCCUGGAGAUAAACGCUGCGAGGCUGGCUGUCGAUGUGACGAUAAUUACUAUAGAAAUUCUGACAAUGUUUGCGUUUCUAAAAGCGAAUGUCGUGAAGAAGCUCCUGCACCAGCGCCUCCUGGGAAACGUCCCAAAGUUUAUUAA